CAAGUAGGGGAUGUAGGACCCGAAAAUAGGUAGCAAAUUAAUUAAUUGUUGGGACUGGUUCAAGUCAUCAAUCAUCAAGUGAAGUGGCUAGUAGCUUAGCCACGUACGGAUUUGUCAUCGGCACAAACGCAAAUGUGUGUUCUCUUAUCUUUUGAAGUCUUUGGAGAUGAGGUGACUCUAUCAUUUGGAUUUCUAGUGCUCUUUUGGCCCUUCGCUUCGAUAUCUGUGGAUAACAACACUUCCCUUUUGGUAUUUUAGGUCGUCUUUUGUUCUAUAUAACCCCUCUAAAUAUCUUUUCUUCCUUGAACUUUUUUUGGCUUCUAUAUCUGUUUUCUUCCUACCUCUCUCUCUUCUAUUCUAUUCUUCUUUUAGCCUUUCAUGCCUUUUGUUUUUGUCCAAACCCUAGACUCAUCGAGACUCGGGAGAAAUGUAUCACAGUCAUCACUUUGGUCCAUGUCUGCAUUGCCACUCUCAAAGCUACAUUAGAAUGGUUCAACAUCUUAUUGAGAGAUGCUUGCUACUUCAAAUGAGUCGUGACCAAUGCGUAAAGGUGUUAGCAGAGCAUGCAAGCAUUAGGCCACUCGUCACGCUUACAGUGUGGAGAGAGCUACAAAAAGAGAAUAGGCACUUCUUCCAAGCAUACUUCCACUCAAUUUCUCCCAGGCCUUUAAUAGGCAGUUAUAUUCAAAGGCGGGCAAGAUUUGGAAGAAGGAAACAGUACUAGAAGUGAAUGUGUGAUUACUCUGAAACAUACGAGUGAAUCAGAAAACAAAUUAAUUACAGCUCAAAAAUUAGCUACCAUCAUUUUGAAUAUCCUAGAUUGUAAUUAUAGCUGUAAAUAAGGUUCGAUGAUUCGGAAAAUGGAUAAAAUCCCAAUCAAGUACCAAUUUUUUUGUGCUACGUACUCAUGACUCUGUGUGCCACAAAUAUAGGUUUUAUCUAUUUUCCCACAAGGGCUGGGCCAUUUUUGAA